UCAAAACAAAGCCCUCGCUCAGUCAAUUCCACUUGAAUUGCCGUGGAACUCGUGAUGGGAUUUAAGCUAAUAUUCGCGGUAGCCCUCUUGGCUACGGCCGCUUUUGCCGAGAAGGCACGAUUUGACAACUACCGGCUGUACCGAAUCCGCGUUGAGAACGUGGCCCAGCUGGAGGUGCUGCAAGCGGUUCAAGAACUCAACGAGGGAUACAACUUCUGGUCCGAACCUGCCCAGGUUGAUGGUGAUGUGGACUUGGUGGUGCCUCCGCACAAGUUUGCCGAGUUUGAUGAGCUGGUUGAACGCUUUGGGCUGAAGGCCAACCUGAACGUUGAAGAUUUGCAGAAGUUGUUUGAUGAAGAGCAGCGAAGACCAACGAAGGAAGCUUUUGGAUGGAACGCUUACUACCGGCUGGGUGAGAUCUACGCCUGGAUGGACGGUCUGCUGGCUCAGUAUCCCAACGUGCUGUCGCCAAUCAAUGUCGGAAAUUCGUUCGAAGGUCGUCCGAUCCGCGGUAUUAAGGUGUCGUACAAGUCGGGCAACCCGGGAGUGUUCAUGGAGGGAACGAUCCAUGCUCGCGAGUGGGUCAGUGGAGCUACGGUCACGUGGGUCCUGAACGAACUGCUGACUUCGACCAACAGCCAGGUGCGUAACAUUGCCGAGAACUACGACUGGUACUUCUUCCCGGUGACGAAUCCGGACGGUUACGAAUUCACGCACACGAACAACCGUAUGUGGAGGAAGACUCGUCAGCCCCAUGGAAUCCUGUGCACUGGAGCCGAUCCUAACCGCAACUGGGCGUACAACUUCAUGCAGGGAGGUGCUUCGAACAACCCGUGCUCGGAUACCUUCGCCGGACCAGAACCCUUCUCCGAGCCGGAAACUCGCCUGCUGGCGGACUACUUCUCGUCGGUGGAGAGCACGAUCAGCACCUACCUGUCGUUCCACUCGUUCUCGCAGCUGUUGCUGCUGCCGUACGGACAUACCACUGCACCGCUGGAUAACUACCAUGAAAUCAUGGAGAUCGGUACCAAGGCGAUCGCGAAGCUCGCCGAGCGUUACGGAACUCAGUACCAGAUCGGAAACAUUGCCGAGGCCAUCUACAUCGCCACCGGGGGUAGCAUCGAUUGGAUCAAGGGCGUCUACCAGACGCCGAUCGUGUACACGUACGAGCUGCGCGAUCUGGGCCAGCACGGAUUCGUGCUGCCGCCGGAGCAGAUCAUUCCCAACUCGGAAGAAACGCUGGACUCGAUCAUCGUGAUCUUGGAGGAGGGCGAGGCCCGCGGUCUGCACCGACGGUGAUUUGCUUGAUUUGUGGCGGACUUUGAGCGUUAUGUGGUGAUAAGCUUGAUGGUCACAAUAAAAAUCUCUUCUAAAUUUA